UCCGGAUCCAGCAGCUGGAGGCGCUGCGGCGCCUGAUCCAGGAGCAGGAGCAGGAGCUGGUGGGCGCGCUGGCCGCCGACCUGCACAAGAAUGAAUGGAACGCCUACUAUGAGGAGGUGGUGUACGUCCUAGAGGAGAUCGAGUACAUGAUCCAGAAGCUCCCUGAGUGGGCCGCGGAUGAGCCCGUGGAGAAGACGCCCCAGACUCAGCAGGACGAGCUCUACAUCCACUCGGAGCCACUGGGCGUGGUCCUCGUCAUUGGCACCUGGAACUACCCCUUCAACCUCACCAUCCAGCCCAUGGUGGGCGCCAUCGCUGCAGGUGCAUGGCCCUGUGGGAAGGGAAGCUGGGGGAGCACCGUCCCCCAGCGUGGAGCCAAGCCAGGAUGGGCUCAGGCCUGUGUUAAGAGUCCUGGGGUCAGAUAAGGGUUUGCUGGGUCUGUCACAGGAGGCUGUGGGGACCAAGCUGUUUAGCCAGGCCUCUUGGUGCCUGAGGUCCAGUCAGGCUCAGGUGUCCACACCUGGUGAUACAGAGAGGGACUGCCUUCCCCCACCCCUGUUGGGGGGCUGGAGCUUCUGUCACCUAAUAUGCAUCAGGGCUUCCUUCCUAGAAUGGGCCAGCGCUGUUCUACCAACCAGGCCCCCAGAGCCUCUCUCCCCUUUCUGCUUUUCCUCCAACAUCUCAGCAACUCAGAGGGCCAGGUGGUGCAGCUCUGGCCAGCGUGUGCCCGUGUGUGUCCCUCUGUCAUGUGCCCGUGUGUGCUCCUGGGUGUGCCCCGUGACAUGUGCUUGUUUGCUAACAACUCUUCCAUCCACUGUCCCGAGGACACACAAUGGAGGGGAGGCUUCAGGUGUGGUCCUUGGGAGGGCAGAGCCUCUGGUGAAGUACCCUGGGCAUAGGCCUGGCUCGGUGUGCUCUGCAGGGAACGCAGUGGUCCUCAAGCCCUCGGAGCUGAGUGAGAACAUGGCGAGCCUGCUGGCUACCAUCAUCCCCCAGUACCUGGACAAGGAUCUGUACCCAGUAAUCAAUGGGGGUGUCCCUGAGACCACGGAGCUGCUCAAGGAGAGGUUCGACCAUAUCCUGUACACGGGCAGCACGGGGGUGGGGAAGAUCAUCAUGACGGCUGCUGCCAAGCACCUGACCCCUGUCACGCUGGAGCUGGGAGGGAAGAGUCCGUGCUACGUGGACAAGAACUGUGACCUGGACGUGGCCUGCCGACGCAUCGCCUGGGGGAAAUUCAUGAACAGUGGCCAGACCUGCGUGGCCCCUGACUACAUCCUCUGUGACCCCUCGAUCCAGAACCAAAUUGUGGAGAAGCUCAAGAAGUCACUGAAAGAGUUCUACGGGGAAGAUGCCAAGAAAUCCCGGGACUAUGGAAGAAUCAUUAGUGCCCGGCACUUCCAGAGGGUGAUGGGCCUGAUUGAGGGCCAGAAGGUGGCUUAUGGGGGCACCGGGGAUGCGGCCACUCGCUACAUAGCCCCCACCAUCCUCACGGACGUGGACCCCCAGUCCCCGGUGAUGCAGGAGGAGAUCUUCGGGCCUGUGCUGCCCAUCGUGUGCGUGCGCAGCCUGGAGGAGGCCAUCCAGUUCAUCAACCAGCGUGAGAAGCCCCUGGCUCUCUACAUGUUCUCCAGCAACGACAAGGUGAUUAAGAAGAUGAUUGCAGAGACAUCCAGUGGUGGGGUGGCGGCCAACGAUGUCAUCGUCCACAUCACCUUGCACUCUCUGCCCUUCGGGGGCGUGGGGAACAGCGGCAUGGGAUCCUACCAUGGCAAGAAGAGCUUCGAGACUUUCUCUCACCGCCGCUCUUGCCUGGUGAGGCCUCUGAUGAAUGAUGAAGGCCUGAAGGUCAGAUACCCCCCGAGCCCGGCCAAGAUGACCCAGCACUGAGGAGGGGUUGCUCCGCCUGGCCUGGCCAUACUGUGUCCCAUCGGAGUGCGGACCACCCUCACUGGCUCUCCUGGCCCUGGGAGAAUCACUCCUGCAGCCCCAGCCCAGCCCCACUCCUCUGCUGACCUGCUGACCUGUGCACACCCCACUCCCACAUGGGCCCAGGCCUCACCAUUCCAAGUCCCCACCCCUUUCUAGACCAAUAAAGAGACGAAUACAAUUUUUCUAACUCAGCAAA